AUUAAUGGGAUAAAAGGAAUUAAUAGGCAGAUACAUUUAAAUGUUCUAAAAAUUAUAAAUAAAAGACGUGAAGGCCAUAGAGGAAGGGAAGCCGGUCAAAAUCACGACAAACAGAAUCCCGACAGAUUAGCCCGCAUUAGGGUUAG